GUCAUUGGAUAUAUAAUUGUCACGUGACACAUUAGAAAAAACCGACCCGGGACGAGCGUUUCUGAUUUUGUCAUCAGUUCAAAAAAACCCAGUUAGAAAUCAAGAACAGAGAGUUUAAAAAACGACUAUGGCUGUUAAUGUAUAUAAUACAAGCGUAACUGCCGAAAAUCUAAGUCGGCACGAUAUUCUAGUAUGGAUAAACGAAACAUUGGACGCUAACUAUUCAAAAAUUGAAGAGUUAUGCUCUGGUGCGGCUUAUUGCCAAUUAAUGGAUUUGCUCUUUAUAGACGCAAUAAGCUUGAAGAGAGUGAAAUUUAACACGCAAUUAGAGCACGAAUAUAUUAAUAAUUUCAAGAUAUUCCAACAAGCCUUGGGUCGAGUAAAUAUCGACAAGUUAAUUCCUGUUGAGAAAUUGGUUAAAGGAAAGUUUCAGGAUAAUUUUGAGUUUGUACAAUGGUUCAAGAAAUUUUUUGACGCUAAUUACGAUGGAUCGGAGUAUGAUGCUAGAGCUGUUAGAGGUGGUGUACCACUUGGUCGGGUAGAUAAUAAGAAAGCUGGAGGAGCUUUGACUAGACCCGUUCCAAAAAGUGUUCCCGUUUCGAAUAAUAAAGCGCCUGCUAGACCCAUGCCAGCUAAAGCUCCAACUAGGACUGCGGCACCAAAAGCCAAUUCUGGCGCUAGACCCGCAGCUGCAGUAAAACCUAUUCCAGUAUCAAAUGAUAACUCCGUUUCGAAUAAUGGCAAUGCAAAAGUAGAUGAACUCCAGAAGGAAAAUGACGAUAUGAGGCAAACAAUUGAAGGUUUAGAGAAGGAAAGAGAUUUUUACUUUGGAAAAUUAAGAGACAUAGAAGUUAUUUGUCAAGAAUUCGAAAACGAGGAAGGACAUCAAAGUAUUGUCAAGAAAAUUUUUGAUAUUCUUUACGCUACCGAGGAAGGAUUUGCGGUUCCCGAUGAGGAAGCUGAGGGUGAAGCAGAGGAGCAAGAGCCCGAAGAAUAUUAACUCACGCAAAAAUGAAAAAAAGAAAACAUAGUAAUUUAUUAUCAAUAGUAAAGAAGAUAAACACCGUGCUAAUCAUACACAUUUUUCUGGAUAUAUAUAUAUAUGUACAUGUGUGUAUGUGUAUAUGUAUAUAUGUAGCUGAAAAAAAAGAGAAGGCAAAAUACGACCUUCAAACAAAAGUCUAUAAUCCCACCACCAAUGAACAAAAAGAAUGUGUUGUACUUUAUUUUAUUUCUCCGAUUUAUUAAUAUUAUUGCUUUUCUAUUUAAUUUAUUCUCAACCAAUAACUUGAAAAAAUAUAUAUAAAUAUAUGUAUAUACAUGUAUUUAUAUAUAUAUGUAUUUAUAGACACGAUUUAAACAAAGCUUUAUACAAAAAUUCCCGGUACUUUUUGUUAUUCUCCUGCUACAUGUCUGUUACUCUCCCUAUUUUUUUCACAUCACUAACUUAUACGCUCCCCUCCUACUCAACCAUGUUUUGAUAAAAUUCAACACACAAGUGUCUACUUUAAAAAAAUGUGUGAUGUCUAUUACUUUGGUUUUUACAUUACGAAUGCAAAUUAUGAUUUUACUAUGGAUUUAUAUAAUACCUAAUAAAGUAUUCUUUGAAAAGACCUUUAUCACAAUUGCAUUGGUCUUUUAAGUGCGCUUCUUGGGAUUGUCAAUGUACUAAUAAUCUAUUUUUAAUGAAUCGUAGAAAAUUUGGUAAGCUUAACAAAAAUCUAACAUUACGUAUCAUCUGCUCCUGUCGUUUAACGUAGUCAAAAUGCUAAUAAUAAUAAUAAUAAUAUGAAAUUUAAUACAUCGAACAGGAAUAUUUUCGAGUAGAUUUAUCUCUCAUUGAUAUUAUUAUAUUUGUGCUUUUCAAAUGUUUUAAAUAUGAUGGACGUUCCAUUUAAUUCAAAUUAAUAACAUUUAUCAUUAAAUAGACAAUGCCCCAUUAUCGUUCCCUAUAUAGAGAUCGGUCGGUUCUGUCCAGUUCCAAUAGUGAUAGGUCAAAUAGGAGUAAGCGGAAAAAGAGUGAAAUAGAAGUUGAUCCUAUGGUGAAUAUUUUGGAGAGAUUGCAUAAUCAUGGUAUAUCUGGUGGAAAAAUCGACUUUGAAAGACCUUCCGGUCUUCAGAUUACGGAACGUAUACGAAUUUAUUUAACGAUUAGUUGCAUAGGAAUGAAUCUAGUCUGCCUUAUUGUUUUCUGCGCCCUUUUCCUUUUGAUUCUUGAGAUGAAAAGAAAUUUAUUACAAUUCACCAAUAUAAGUCAAAUGGACGAUAUGAUGGAAAGAAUGCUCUUUUUCUCCUCUAUAUACGGGGCAAUUGUCAGUUUGUUUACAGUCAUAAUCUGUAUGUCAAUCUUAUCGCCUUCCUCUCGAUUCAAUGUACAAAUCCUAUUGAAAGCUUUUACUCUCCUAAUAUUGAUC